CCUUGACUUAGAUCUUCAUAUCUGGUAGCAAACCCAGUCCUUCCAAACCUCCAACGAAUAGACGCAUUCAUACAGGAGAGAGCGACAUAAGCAGCCCUGAAAAGGAAAAAAUGGCCUCUUCAAAGUACUUUGCAUCAGCAAAAGGCUCAGGUAGCAAAGCUGACGCAAUCGACUUGAGCGAUUCUGAAGACGAGCAGCCCAAACAUACCUCCAAACGCGGGAACGGAAGUACAUCAACUUCAAAAUCAGCACCUGCAGCCAAAUCUCCAGCCCAUUCGAAACGCAAGUCAUAUCUAGAUGACGAUGACGAUGAUUUUGAAGAUGACUAUGAGGAGGAUGUGAAACCUGUCAAGAAAGCAAAAAGCUCUGGAAGUAAAGCAACACCCACCAAAAGUGCAAGAGCAACUCCACGCAAGUCAAAAGCUGCAAAGGAUGAAUAUCUCGAUGAGGACGACGAUGAUGAUCUUCUCGAAGACGUAAAACCGUCAAAGGGCAAAUCGAGUGCCAAGCCAACGAAAGCAGCAAAGAAGGAAGAAGAUACGGAAAUGGGUUUCGAAGACGAAGCGAGUAAAAAGAAAGAAGUACCCGCUUGGAUCUUGGCACAAAAGCGCAAAGCUGCAGGUCCUGCCAUGCCUGGAUCAAAGGAGAUUCCCGUGGGCAAGCCAAAUUGUCUAGGAGGUCUGACGCUUGUGUUUACUGGAGAGCUGACUAGUAUCUCGCGGGAGGAAGCUACUGAUCUGGCCAAACGGUAUGGUGCAAAGGUCACCGGUUCACCAUCCUCAAAGACAUCUUAUGUCAUCGUCGGAGAAAAUGCAGGCCCCUCAAAGCUGAAAAAGAUUACUGAUCAAAAGCUGAAAACUUUGGAUGAAGACGGUUUCUUCGACUUAAUCCGGGAGAAAAGCCAAGGGGAUGUCAAAGUAGAUGAGGCUUCACAGAAGAAGCUCAUAGAAGAACAAAAGAAGAUCGAAAAGGCAGCCAAAGAGAUGCAACCCGCAAAAGGAGCAGUAGUAUACGAUAAUCCACUUUGGACCGUAAAGUAUGCCCCACAAUCGCUGAAAGAUUUGGCCGGGAACGGUAGUUUGGUGACAAAGCUGCAAACGUGGUUGCAUGACUGGCAAAAUUCUCUCAAGGCAAAUUUCAAAAAGCCAGGCAAAGAUGGUAUGAAUGGUUGCCGAGCUGUUUUGUUGUCUGGACCACCCGGCAUUGGAAAGACCUCUGCUGCACACAUUGUCGCUAAGUUGGAAGGGUAUACCCCGAUCGAAUUGAACGCAAGUGAUGUGCGUAGCAAGAAGCUCAUCGAAGCAAGCUUGAAAGAUACAAUCAGCAAUUCCAGUUUGGAUGCUUGGCAAAAAGGUGGCAAGAUCGACAGAACGAUGUCAGUAGAUGGAUUGAACAUCACUGAUCGCACUGUGUUAAUCAUGGACGAGGUUGAUGGAAUGUCUGGUGGUGAUCGAGGAGGUGUCGGUGCAAUCAAUGCACUGAUCAAGAAAACCAAAGUGCCCGUCAUCUGCAUUUGUAACGACCAAAAGAAUCAAAAGAUGAGGCCAUUCGACAAAACAGCAUUCCAUCUCAAAUUCAUCAAACCGGACGUCCGCCAAGUCAAGCAAAGAAUCAUGACGAUCGCUUUCCGGGAGAAGCUCAAGAUUCCACCAGAGGUCAUUGAACAGUUGGUGCAAUCGGCUCAAAGUGACAUUCGCUUGAUUAUCAACAUGCUUUCCACCUGGUCCUUGAACAAGAAAACGAUGGACUUUGAUGAAGGAAAAGAAUUUGGAGCGGCAAAUGCUAAACCAGGCUUGCACACCCCUUUCACAUUGUAUGGUGCUUUGAGUUCUGCUGGAAUGUGGGCGCCAACGAAUAAGAAGACCUUGAAUGACAAAGCAGAUUACUACUUCCAAGAUCACUCGAUUAUGCCAUUGAUGGUACAGCAAAACUAUGUCCAUCAUAUUCCCGCCGAGGUGACCAGAUUGAGCGGCAAGGAACGUGACGUUCGUUUAAUGCAAAGCAUCACCAAAGCUGCAUCUUCAAUCAGUGACGGAGAUAUUGUCGAUUCAAUGAUCCAUAGCUCUGAGCAACAUUGGAGUUUGAUGCCUUUGCACGGGAUAAUCUCAACCGUAAAGCCGAUGAGUUUUGCAAAUGGAAAUUCUGGUGGAUUCCCAUCUUUCCCCGCUUGGUUGGGUAGUAAUUCCAAGCAGCAAAGACUCAUACGUGCUGCGAUCGAGUUGCAAGCAAGAUUACGCCUUGUCACAACUGCUUCUCGCUUUGAAGUUCGUGAGCAGUAUUUGCCAUACUUUUUCCCUCGAUUGGUUCGACCAAUGCUUGAAAAGAAAGAAACGGAUCAAGCGGCUGCUGAGAUUAUCGAUUUCAUGGAUGACUAUUAUCUCACACCAGAAGAUCGAGAAAUCGUUUUGGAAUUAGGUAUGGGCGAGAAUGAUUGGGAGGCUUUAGGGAAGAAGAUUCCUUCUGCGACCAAAGCAGCAUUUACGCGAAAGUAUAACGCAGCUUCACAUCCUAUCGCAUUCUACAAAUCAGCAGAAGCCAAACAGAAAGCAAAGAAACUUGUUGGAGAGCCAGCGCCUGAUGUGGAAGAAGCCUAUGAAGCACAAGAAGAGCCAGGAGAUGAAGAAUCGGAUAACGAAGGCGGUAAGAAGGGAAGUGAUGAUGAGGUGGAUAUCAGCAAGGAUAAAUUUUUCAAACAAAAGACUUCCAAAGGAAAAGGGAAGGCAAAAGCGGGUAAAAAAUGAACGGAUAGCAAUUACCGGAAAUCCUAUGUAUACUGAUUGUCAAUAAUGGACUAUUCAUUUUUGUAGAUAGCAAU